CAAACACGUGCUGUUUUAAACAACAACAUGGCGGCCACGAGCGAGUUUACGUUCAACGAUUUCAAAGAGUUUUCGAUCAUUUAUGCGGCCGAAUUUAACCGACCAGAAAUGCAUGAUAGAAUACUUGUGUUAGACGUUUUUAAUGAUAAUAUUGAAGACGAAAUAAACCCGGAAUCGUGUGUUAUGAAGCAAGAAAAGCGACAUUUAAACGACGAAGUUGCGUGCUCUUCCAGUGUCUGUACGCGAGCUAUGUCCAAAGCUACCGAGAAACAAAUCUCAGUUGCCGAUUUGAACGUUUCUGUCAGUUCUGUGGGGAAAAGGAAGCCCUUUUCAGUAAAGCGAAAAGCCAGUUCAGAUAGAGUUAUGACUCUGCGAAAUAGAAAAGUAUCUAAAACGGACCACGAGUUUGAAGGCAAGUACAAGGUUGAAGAUGGCAUCCCCCCAGAAAAACAGCAAGCUAUUGCGCAGCAUAAAAUUUUCGCCCAUAGUUCGUGGUUGUCUGUACACAGUAACUAUUUCCGCGCAUUGUUCUACUCCGGGCUGAAAGAGUCGCAUUUGAAAGAGGUCCAUUUGAAAAUACCCAAAUCUGAGGAAGCUGCACAUUUGCAUCUGAUAGGGGCCAUGUACAGUCUGGAUAUAUUGAACAAUCGUCCAGUCAGUGAACUCAUACAGAUUCUAGUCCUGGCCGAUAAAUAUGAUGCCAAGUUUGUAUUUCGAAAAUGCAAAUAUGUGUUGAAAACUAAAGUUGAAUCGGUCAAACUUUGCGAAGAGAUCUAUAAUGUGGUCAAAGUGGAACAUCGCAUGGUUAAUGUAGAGGACCUUAUUGUCACAAUACAGGACUUCUUGACGAAGAAGUUCCAACCAUUGGACGAGAAAUGGGAGUCAUCAAGCUUUGAGAACUUAUCGGAACCCUUUUUAACUCUUUUGCUCGGCAGUGAUAAGCUGAUUGUUUCAUGCGAGGAUGUUGUUUUUCAUGCCUUGAUGCAUUGGAUCAAAAACAAUGCCAUAUUUGCCAAGGAUGCUUCGAAGGAUAUUCCCAAACUCGAGCCUGAACUUCUGUCUGCCUCCCGUCUGUUGUCCGUUGUUAGAUUUGAAUUAUUGACUACCACCUACCUACUUAGUGUUGUCCAGCAUCAUCCAAUAGCCAAGCAGAUGGCAAAUUUUAAUGAAUGUUAUCUCAAGGCGGUCCAUUAUCUUGCUCUCCCUAAUGAGGUGUUGGAUAACGCGUUGAUAACCAUUGAUGCACCUGACGAGCGAUUAACACAGAAGGCAGAUAUUGUUCACUUCCGAUGGAAAAUGCCAGACAAAGAAAUUCUAAAGGCUCUAACCAGAUUGCAUUCGCAACCAUUUUGGGCAUGCGGUUAUAGGAUGCAGUUGUCUUUACGCCGAAAAUUCAACUACGAUGAUGAGUUCUUCGUUGUAAUCACAUUGAAGAUUCUGAGCCUGAAAGAAGGUGGCUUCACAAGUGUUGACUGGAACCUAAAAUAUAAAGGCCUGAGCAUUUUCCAGGAUGACUACUAUGACUAUGAGUAUGUGUUGACCUGCGAUAGUCCAGAGAGAAAGAAAGAAGGUUCAUUCAAGUGGAUUGGUCCAGGAAGUUGUGUGCUAAAAUUGCUCAUGAGGCCUUGCCAUACAUCAGUUGACUUCAAUUAGAUGUUUCUGACAUUUGGGUAGGAGCACCCUUAUUUUGACACUUGUGGGUUCCAGUCAGUGAGCUCUGUUGUGUACCCGGAGCAAGAAGUUCAGUCAUUCAGCCAAUGAGAAGAGUGAAGCCAAAAUGACAGAAACUGACACUCAAAAUCUAUGAUGGUCAUAAAAGGUUUCAUACUAUUUUCCCAGCUAAUUCCAGUUGUUUCAUACUAUAUUCCCAGCUAAAAAAGCACAUUUAGUAGUGUCUAAAUUGUCGUCAAAACAAAACAUUUUGGCACACACCAUUCAGCCUUGUGUUAGCAGUGCAGAAAAAAAAACAAUAGACUGGCACUGGAUGUCAAUUUCAACCAUCUUUAGCUUCACUUUUUUUUUGGACACAAGUUCUUACUCCAGAUAUAUAUGGAGCUCAGUGGUUUCAGUAAGCAUUUCAUACAGAGCAGGAGAUGGCUGGUCAACUUCAGAAUUGUUGACAAUGAUAGGAAUAACAAAAUUGGCCUGCAAAUACGAAAUAACUGCACGUGAAAGGACUUAACAAAUGUUAGACCACCAGCCAGUUCGAAUGACCAGCAUCAGCUGCAAAACAGUGCUUAGUGAAAUUCACCUUCAAUAACAGAUCAGACCCGCCAGACUGGCUUUGGAAGGCUGUUACAUGGUUGAGUGCAAAUUAAUUCCAUUGAGUGUAAUUAACGAGCAUGCAUGCAUACAUGCAUGUGCUCUUAUUCAAUUUGUGUAGGAAAUUAUUUUUCUAAUUUUGUUGGGUUACAUAGACCCACCACGAUUUGGUUCUAUAGACUUCUACAAAUUGUUAUUCAAAUAACCAUAGUAGGGGUUAAUUGUUGUGGCGGCUACGGGCUAUCGUAGAAUUAUUCAUGUAUUAAAUACAAAACUAAAC